AUGUCGUCCUCCAAGGACUCGCUCGAGAGAGCCGGCCCAGGUGCCAAGAAGAAACCCCCACCUCCCGUUCGAAUCCUGCUCCCUCCACCUCCUCCCCGCUUACCCGUGGCAAGGAUAACCCGGCUGGCUAUCGACAACAACCACCCGCCUGUGCCGUCGAGCCCACACUUGUUGGGAACUUCGUCUCCAUGGCUACAAACGACCGACAGCUCCGCUGUUUGGACACAGGCCCCUCUCGAUGAAGAGCCGUCAACUGCCGUCAGACGAAUCCUCCGUGCGCCUGAAGGCACGGGGUCGCAUAGGACCAAGGAGGCCGGAUCGAUCAGCAAGUCGAUCCACAGACGCAAGGUACAAUUGCAAGGGCCAGGGCCUAUAUUUCGAGAAAUCCAUGACCUUGUGGGAUUGCGGGUUAUUGUGUCAAGGCCAAAGGACGUCGGUCAACUCAAAGAAUUGAUCUUGACACAUUUUGACGUCAAACUCGUUUCUCCCUUUUUACGAGAUCGAGCCGCUGGGGACGGCUCCCAAGACCCGACAGAAUUUGGAGAAUACGAGGCCUGGAAUUACCGAGUACACUUGAAGCCAACAGCCAAGAACAAACGCUUCCAAGACGUCCUCUUCGAGAUACAACUCGUCACCUGGGCCGACGCCAUGUUCAACAUCCUCUGUCAUCCGCUUCUUUACAAACAGUCUGCUGGUGAACUUUCAGUGGAAGAACGACGACUUGUGGACCUCUAUCAUGGAAACGUCCGCCAGCUUUCGGUUCUCAUGGACGGCCUGCGGAAUCCAUUGCAACUGGCGCAAAUGGCGGAAGGCACCGAGGAGCAUGUUUCUUCACCCAGGGAUUUGCUUGAGCGGGCGCGAGAGUUGGCAGUGCGUCAGCAAGCCACGACACAAGAUGGAUCUGGUCUCGGGACUUUGCCAGACUUCCAAGACAUGGUCAACACUAUGAGCCUCAAGUUCCCUGGUAUGAACGAGCGUCGAAACAUCAUUGAGGAGUCGCACGAAGAAACCUUUCGGUGGGCCUUGAAUGACGUUGGCGCAGCAUCUGACGAGAGCAACUCGGAAUCUGACGAUAGCAACUCCGAACUUGACGGUAGCAACUCAAGACUCCAAUGGCACAGAAUUACCGACUGGCUUGACUCUAAUCACGCCAUUUAUUGGGUCAGUGGCAAAGCUGGAUCAGGCAAAAGCACGUUUAUGAAAUACCUCAUCAAUCACCCUACGACAGAGCGACUUCUUUGCCAACGCAGGCCAGGGUCCCGUAUUCUUUCUCAUUUUUUCUGGAGAGCCGGUUCAGACUUGCAAAAGAAUAUCAAAGGCUUUUUCUGCAAUCUACUCCAUCAACUGGCUAACCACAACGAAAGCAUCCUUGCUACUUUGAUCCAACACGUUAAAGAUUGGCAAGAUAAGGAGUCACACCAAGACUGGAGUGAAAAGGAAUUGCGCAGCCUUGUCAAGACGGUCAUUGAGUCGGAGCCUUCGCCGAUUUGCGUCUUUAUCGACGGCUUGGACGAGGUGCCGGUCCAACAAAAGCUCUGGGAACAAGUUCGGAUGCUGGCUGAAUUUGAUAAGGCCAGCGUCAAAUUGUGCGUCUCCAGCCGGCCGGAACUGCGCUUUGAAAACGUUUUACGAGAAUACCCAAGGUUAAGGUUACAAGACCUGACGCAUGACGACUUGCAAACUUUUGCCAAAACUGCGCUGGUGGACGAGCUUUAUACUAAAUUCGCACCGGAAAGCUCACCUGCCAUUGAAGAGUUUGCAAUUCAUCUACUGGGAAAAGCCGAAGGUGUCUUUCUCUGGAUAAAGCUUGUUACCGCAAGCCUGAAACGUGGCCUCGACAACGGUGACAGUUUGGAGUUUCUUGAAAAGCGACUUAUAGAGCUUCCUGGCGACAUCAUAGAGCUGUAUAAAGAAAUGUGGCUCCGACUCGACGAAGACACCAAGCAGUAUCGACAAGACGGUGCUCGUUAUCUCAACUGUGUUCUAAAUUCAAUGUUUUUGGAACGGGAAGCCAACGUAAAGCUCUACAGAGAGGGUAUGCCGCUGAUUGUGUUGGAGGCUGCGGUGAAUCCCGGCUUCCGUGACAAAGUUCUUUCGCGAAAGGCAGCAACCGGUGAGGGUGUCACUGAGCAAGAAUUGGCCGAAAUUGGGACAAAAGUCCAGACUCGCUGCGCAGGUCUAGUCGAACUUGUCGAAACCGAGAGGUAUUAUUAUCAUUUCGGUGACGGGGGCUCUUCUGAAUUGAGAAGUAUCACAUCAGCGAGGAUUAUACACCGGUCAGCGUACGAUUUUCUUACGGAUCAAGAAGAUGGGCAGGUGAUACUAGACUACGAUACUUCUCCAGCAAGUAAUCGGAUCCUGGACACAAGCCUAGGAGUCUUGGCUUACUGCAUCGACGGUUCUCCCCAGAGAAUAGUCUUUGAAAUGGAAGCUGCCAUCGAACCCUUUCGAUGGCUUGCAGGCGUUGAGAAGGCUUACUUCCUUCGAACUUUCAGCGCUCUAUGGCACUUUUACGAACUGGGGCUUUUUGUUCCUGACACGCGCCUUCGAUUCAACCCACGUCGAAAACCGCAUCUGUUGGCUCAUCUCUGCAUUAUCUUUUCUGAUAUUUCAUACCAGCAUCCCCCCCAAACAGCCUUCUAUAUGGUAGAAGAAAUUUUCUGGCAGCAUCAAAUAAGCUCCAGAGAUGAAACAGGCCGUUCAACUGCGUUUGCUUCGAGACUGCUUAGAGAGUGCUUUCUGUUAGACGCAGCUUAUCUAGAUUGGUUCUCUUUCUUUUGUGGCUAUGGGGCGAACCCCCAUAUCCGAGGGGUUCUUUUCGAAGAGUAUUGGAGAAUACCCUGGUUUACGCGUAGCGAAUGCAACCACGCCAUUCCAGUUGUUCCAUUUGCAUCUGGGUCCGCCUUGUGGAUUUUCAGAGGCCUCGGAGAGAAAGGUCGCAUGCUCGCUCGGGGAUGGGAUAAAGUCUUUAACGAGGGAUUGUCAGUCAGCGAGCGUGUCCCUUUGAUCUUCCGUCUAUAUAUGGAUGAUUCAGAUGAAUUUGGCCUUAAGUUCUUUAUUACGCCAGGAUGGGUCUUUAAGCCGGGACGAUACGAAGAGCUCUUGGGAGUGGUACUAGAUGUCAGCAUUGGAUAUAUCAUAGACCGGUUGCUCGUUCGACUAAGGCGAUUUCUCAGGUUCGGAGGGACUUGCCGUCAUCGAACGUUCCUGGACCGACUUUUUUCUGCGAGCCGGUCACGGCAAGGACUACCCGUGGUGCGGCCGGAGAUUAGCCUAGCCGCGAUUUUACCUGUCACCUCGGCUUACGACAAAGUCGGCUCUAAUUUUUUACGCGUUACCGCUGAGUUGGAACAGCGGCUGCUGACAAUAAUCGAUCCGUACUUGGACGAAUUCUUGUGUUUCAGGCUGGACAAGGAAACAAAGAUAUCAUCCGAAGAUGAGGGAGAUGAGCAACAUGAGCAACAUGAGCAACGUGUGGAAUACAAGGAAUACGAGGAAGGUGAGGAAGGAUUUGAGGGAUUAAAAGCCGCAUUUGGUCUCCUCCAACGAGCAUUUGAUGACGGAUCCGGCGAAGGAAAGCACUUUGAGCGCCUGGAUAUCAGUUUACAAGAGUACUUGGCCCAGCGGCAGUGCGGCACAUUGUCAUACGCAUGA